AUGGAAGACCAACUCAGUCCAUUGGCUGUCACCCAUCUCCUCCAACACACUCUCAGAAGCUUGUGCAUCCACGAAAACUCCCAGUGGGUUUAUGCUGUCUUCUGGAGGAUCUUGCCCAGAAACUAUCCUCCACCCAAAUGGGAUGGCCAAGGAGGAGCAUAUGACAGGUCUAGAGGAAGCAGGAGGAACUGGAUAUUAGUUUGGGAAGAUGGUUUCUGCAAUUUUGCUGCCUCAUCGACCGCAGCGGAAACCAACCCAGGCGAUUGCCCGUCGGGCUCUUCAGGCUAUGGUAACUGUGAGUUUCAACCCUUGCAAGGACUGCAACCAGAGCUUUUCUUCAAAAUGUCUCAUGAAAUCUACAACUAUGGAGAAGGUUUGAUUGGAAAAGUGGCCGCAGAUCACAGUCACAAAUGGGUUUAUAAGGAACCAAAUGAACAAGAAAUCAACUUCUUAUCUGCAUGGCACAACUCUGCUGACUCACAUCCUAGGACAUGGGAAGCCCAGUUCCAAUCUGGUAUAAAGACAAUAGCCUUGAUUGCAGUUAGAGAGGGCGUUGUUCAAUUAGGAUCUGUUCACAAGGUGGUUGAAGAUCUGAGCUACGUUGUUCUACUAAGAAAGAAGUUCAGCUACAUAGAGAGCAUCCCCGGCGUGCUCCUGCCGCACCCGUCUUCGGCCGCCUUCCCCUACAAGGUCGACGGCGUAAGCGGCGGGUACGGCAUGUCCCCGGAGGAGGCCUGGCAUUACCAGUUGGGGCCUCUCGCCAGUAGCCCCCCGCUGGAAUUCUACGAUCACCCUAAUUUCAACACCCCUACUCCACCGUUGAUGAUGAAGGUGACACCAUCCAUGAGCAGCUUGGAAGCUCUCCUGUCCAAGCUGCCCUCGGUCGUCCCAGCGGCACCACCUCAGCCGGCGGCGGAGCCUGGAUAUUACGAGCCAUCGCAAGCGAUGCAGUUUCUUCCCUGCGAUGAUCAGAGGCCGGUGGGAGCUGAACAGGUCGCGGCGCAGGAGGAAGGGAAUAAUAUGAAUCAAUGUGAGUGUGUGGAGGAUGGGGAGAAGGAAGUUGGGGAAAGUAGCAGCUGCGUGUCGUGGCAGGGCCGUCGGCGCCGCCACUGCUAG